AUGGCGGCUGUUCUUCAUCGAAGUGGCCAAAUCAGCCCAACAAAUUUUGGCAGGCCACUAGAGAGAGUUUUCGAGGAUGCACAAAGCACAGGAGAGAUAAAUCUCAUUGGAAGGAAACUAAAGGACUUCCCUAAAGUCGCAAAUAAGUACGAUCUGUCGGAUACUGCGGUGGCAGAUCUGUCAAAGAAUCGUUUGAACGAAGUCCCGAUAGAAAUCUGUGAAUGUCCGUCUAUAGAGAGAUUAGUUUGUUACCACAAUGUGAUACGGUGCUUACCCGAGGCCUUGGUACAGUUACAAUGCCUCACGUAUAUGAAUUUAAGCCGCAAUCAACUGUCCACAAUCCCACCCUUCAUUUGUCACAUCCAGUCCUUAGAAAUCCUCAUAGUGUCUAAUAAUAAAUUGGUGUCAUUACCAGAAGAAAUAGGACAAUUACAAAAACUAACGGAAUUGGAUGUGUCAUGUAAUGAAAUCACACACUUACCGAUGCAAAUAGGCAACUUAGAAUCAUUACGUGUUUUUAAUGUUAGGAAAAAUUUAUUAGUUGAACUUCCUCCAGAAAUUGGUAAAUUAAAAUUGCGGAAGUUAGACUUCUCUAGCAACAGGAUAGCCGUGAUACCUCCAGAUUUUAGAAAAAUAGACACGUUAGAUUCUUUAAGUUUGGAUCAUAACCCUCUAACGUCCCCCCCUUCCUAUGUAUGUUUAAAAGGGCGAGUCCAUAUCAUGAAGUACCUGCAACUGGAGGCCAUGAAGGAGGAUAGAAAGAGGGGCAUCCUCAGUGAUAAUGACAUGCGGAGGAACUUCAGGAAGUCCUCAUCGAUACAUGUCACAAGUGAUGACUUUUCUAGGUUUACUGCUGAAUCUCCGAUGCGGUUACGGAAUGCCGACUCUGGUUAUAACACGACUGAUAGUACGGAAAAAGUACGGUGGUCUCCGUCGGAGGUUAAUAAUACGCUGGACGAGUACACGGCAUAUGUACCAAAACCAGAAACUGUCUAUGAGCGGCUGACGGAGGUGGACGAAACAAGAUCAGAGGACCUACCACCUCCACCGCCUGAAUUGAUGCCGCCUUCAAAAGGGCGGUAUCAGCCGACGUUCACACCACCAACACCGCGUACACCGUCGACACCUCAUAGAGACAAUCACUACCAAAACGGACAAUCGUCGCAACCUGGUCCAUCGCCGCAGAAUGCGUGGCAGACUGAAGUGAUGGACGAAUUUUCCCGGGUAAGUUCUGCAUGGAAACAAGACUGGUACCAACAAGGAGCACUGUGCCAACAGAUGGGACUUAAUCAGUCGGCGUCGAAUAUAAAUUCCAUGGCAGGACCUACGUCCGGGCGACAUGCGGAUUAUAAUGGCGUAGCUGGUAUAAGUCCGGGCGGACCUGGCCCAGGACCUGGACCUGGCGGUGGACAAAGGCAAAUGUCUCGGCCUGUUCCUGCCCAGAAACCGACAGUUCAACCGGCCCAAAAGCCUCCGGCAAAACCGGGAGCCGACGAUUUUACGCGGGUAAGUGGUGCAUGGCAUGACACGACAUCCUUCCAUUCUUCCCCUCACCUGCAUGCCGUUCCCUGCAACGAGCAAGACAGCCCUGUAGGUGGCGCUGGUGAAAGAUCUGAUCAAUUCUCGCAGGAGCUCCAGCGGCAAAAAGCCGACUACGAAGCGAAGAAAAAACGUGCAGAGGCGUUACGGCGGCAACAGGAGGACGACGAGGAGCGGGAACAAAGGCGACGGGCGGCCAUUCGCUCGCAGGAGGAGGAAGAAGAGAGGGAACAGCGGAGGCGGGCGGCUGUGCGCCUGCAGGAGGAGGAUGAAGAGAGGGAUCAGCGGAGACGGGCGGCUGUACGCCUGCAGGAAGAGCAGCAGAAACUUAUGGAGAGACAACGGGAGAGUCCCAGGAAGCAGCUGGAGGAUAACAGGAAACCUCUGCCGCGACCUCGCCGACUUACUGUCAACAAUUGUUACAGCUACACACCGCCACCUAAUGGCAAUCCAAAUAACAACUAUGGUGUUGUCGACGGAUACAGCGAAUCUCAAGAACACAAAAGGCGUCCUGUUACCCAGUCGUCCAGUUUCCGAGACAGGACCUCGCCGCUGAUCGCGCCCAACAAAAUUAGCUACAGACGAGCCACGUCAGAUACUAAAUUUGAAAACUCGGCCAGUAUAGAUCGGUCAACAGACGAUAGUAGAAGUUGGAAUAGAAAUAUUCAAGAUAGUUCAUCUAGUCACAGCCCAAGUCCAGGCGUUAACCGGACGACCAAUCACAAUGUACAGCCUGAAGAAGAGUUCCGCCACCGCCACGAGACAAUGCGUAACAUUCACCAACAGGAGGGGCAGAAUGUUCGUAAACGGCUGGAAGAGGAAAAAGAUCGACUCUUCCGGCUUCAUAAAGAACCUCUCUAUAGUUAUCUAAACAAGAAAACCGGUUCCGAAGAGGAGACAACACCGAGUAGAGACCCCAUGUCAACUUCCAAUUCGUCAACUAAUUCAAGUCUUUCAAAUAAACCCAGAACAGCAUUUAAUAUCAAGUUACCCGAGGAGUUGCGCUACGCGAAUCCUAACUUCACCGUACGGAGACAUCUAGAGCAGGCUCGUGAAGAGAUGUCACAGAUUGAAAAUCUCAGAAGGGAUAUUGAGUCAAGAUUAAAGGUGAAACUGCCAGAGGAUCUACCCUGUGCGAUAAAAGAUGGCGUCGUUUUGUGCCAUUUAGCCAAUCAUAUUCGACCACGUUCGGUGUCUAGUAUUCAUGUCCCGUCACCAGCAGUUCCUACAUUAAGCAUGGCCAAGUGUCGAAGAAACGUUGAAAACUUCUUGGACGCUUGUCGACGAAUAGGAUUGGACGAGGCUUACCUCUGUGCAUGUGACGAUGUAUUGGAGGAGCUCCGCCCAGCCCUGGUCGCUAAAACUGUGCAACAAUUGCUCUCGUUCCCGCGAAUAACAACACAAGAUAAACUAGUCUCGUUACUGUGUGUGUUUAUAUUCGUAACCACGGUGACGACCUUACUAAUCUUCCCUCUUCCUGGCUAGCCGCACCAUGCCCGAACUCUCACCUAACGCUUACAGGAGCACCAUUACACCACCUAUAGGGAGUAGAGUAAGUCAGAGCGGAAUCACGAUGGACUCACAACAGACCAAGAUUUGUCUCACUCCAACGCUGUUAUCAAAAGACAAGUUUAACUACAGCAUGUGAUUCUAUUAUCAUGACCAUGAUACUCCUUUUGCAAAGUUUGGCCAAUCAAUGUCAUCAGAGAAGAAAAAAAUCUAAUCAAAACACUCUUCUUGUCAAAGUCGAACCAGAUUUGCUGUAGUUAAGCUUGUACACCUUUGAUCACCGCAACCAAGAGGACCAAGCAGCAUUUUGUUAAACACUUUAUGUCAGUUGGCCAGUUAGGACUGAGGAUGCAGGAGACAUCAAAACAACACAUGGCAAGGGCAUCACAUGUAGAGGCCAUAAAUUUCAGUACCGGUACUUUAAUAUAUGUCAUGUGUGUUUCAGUUUUGGAUGAUGUCUUCGAAGAAUAUGUGUUGUUUAAAUGUCGAUGUAUGUAGUCUCAGUCCUAUCAGCUAACCUGCUAAUACCUCUGUGUUUCUAACGCUAAUAUUUGUACAGAAUCCGUAGAUCUAAUCAACCAUUUCUGUUUGACUAAACUUUUAAUAACGUUUAAAGGUUAUGAAAUAACAUGUACAUAAUGACAUCAUCUGCAUGUUCUUCAUAUGGUUGCUUUCGAGUAGAAUGGCAGCACACGCCAUUCUAAGAAGCUUUUCGAUGUGACUGAUGGAGUACUUGACAACUUCAUUAUGACAAGUUGUCAACAAACAGCUACCAAUAAGGCAUUGAUUGUUUGUAAACAUGUAAUAUGUCUUGUUAAGCAUGCUGAUACUGAGUUUAGAAGGUCAUGCUCAUCAUGUGACUUCUUCAAAACACCCCUCAUUUUGUAAUAAAACCAUCAUUUUGAAUUGGAAUAAAAGAGAACUCAAUGAGGACCAAAUUUUUCUCUCUGACCAAUCUGCUACAGGGUGUUCAACAAAAAGUGGCACAGCUUCAAGGCUAUUAUCAAAGUUAUUAAAGUGACGUUUGUUCGACGUUCAAAAUUACGUAGACUUAAAAAUCCCACCUCAUUGAACUAAACCUAAAUCAAAAACCUUGAAACUGUGCCAUGUUUCAUUCAACACCUUGUAUGAAUCUUAAGAUUUUGCUAUGAAAGUUUUGGUGAUUUUGAAUGAUCUCGCAGUCAGUUCACAAGAAAUAUUCCAGUUGGUGCAUACACGCUUGUAUCCAUGUUUUUGUAAUGAUUUUAAAGGCCUAUUUUUGUAUACGUGUGCAAUUUUCUCUUUCAUGUUAUUGUUAUAACUGAUACGAUUUUUUUAAACGUUAUCCACAUGUGGAUAACGUCAUGGUUGACGUCAUCACACUUUGCUACUCCCAUUGUUGCGUCGAUGGCAAAGUGAGUAAGGUAGGUCAACGACAUCCAAAAUGGUGUCUUCUGCUGUGAUGUCGUCAUCAGCACAGCCACAGUCAUCUGUUGGACCCAUUCAUUCAGCCACACAGAAAAAAAAAGCAUUUGACUAAAUGUGAAUUCAAAUGUAUAAACUGUUAAUUAUGAUAAAAGUAUCAAUGUUUGUAAUUGAUAAUUAUGUAAAUAUUCAAGUAAUUAUGCAAAAUUAUGUUAAUUUGUGUUCACAGAUGUAUAAAUAGCUCUGGAUCUGAAGGGCACAUCCUAAGGAUGACGUUUUUGAGGGUGAUUUUUUUUAUUUGAACGAAUUUUGAAAGUUGGUGCAAGUAUUAUGGAUGUUUUAUAGGAGUUGAAGUUUUGUUGAUGAAAUUUUUACUUGCAUUUGUGAACGAUUGAGAGCUGUUUUUCUGAAAUAGUGAAAUUUUGCUAAAUGACUUGAGACUGUGAAUGGAAUAAUAUUGAUGUGUCAGCAGUUUGAAGUCUGACAUUUUUUUGAGAAAAUUUGGUGUUUUUUUUGGAGGUCGAUAUUGUGCCAAUACCACAGGAGGAUGGGUCAAAUGUAACAUUCAUAGUAUUAGAUGAUAAUCUAUUCGCAGCUGAUAUGCAAGUAUCAUACCUUCAGCGUGUUAUAGCGGAUAUUUGGUCACCCUGGAUUUGUGGUCAGAGUUUUGUGAGUCUAUUAAAGAAAAAAUUGAUUUGUCAAAAAAAAUUGUGAACAUGGUACAAGUGUUUGUGAUUUACUCAUGUUCAAGUAUAAGAAUGUAAACAUUAAUUUAAAAAAGGUGAUUCAUACAGGGUUAGAUUUUACUAGAGUAAUUGCCUGCUACAGUGUAGCAAUAUUCUGAAAUAAAUGUACCUUAAAAUGGAUAAUUCCUAUUCCCAGAUAUGAUAAAUAUCCAUGUUUUAUUUUAUGCGUGAUUAUUUAAUUGGUGAAUUGUUCAAAACACGAUUUUAAAAUAGGUGCUAUUCAACUACAUGUAGAGUAGAUUUGAUGAGAUCUGUGCCUCGAUGCAAUUUCAGUGAGAGUAAUUUGGGGGGAGGUAGAAGAUACUUUUCAAAUAUGAGAGAAUGAAUCAUUCUGUGAAGAUUUUUUCAAAUUUGGCAAAAAAUAUAAUUGCUUUGUGUGUGGCUUGCUGUGUCCUGUUGAACAGCUUCAUUUGAUUAUAAAGCAGUUUUGUCAUGUUUAUUGUACAAUUAAAUUGAGAUUAGGUCGUAAGCUUCCAUAUCAAAAUGCUGAGUGUGUGACACAGUUGCUCUGCUUUUGUUGAUGUAAAACACGUAUCUAGAAAGACUUUUGAUACUAGUAUCCCACAAGUUUGAGGCACGAUAUGAUGUCAUCUUUGCCGCAUUGGUUAGCAAACAUGACCAUGGUCAGCAGAAGUCCAUUUCACAAAAAAUGGCACUGAGAUUUUAGGUCUUCAGUACAGUAAAAAUGAAAUAUUUGAACAAAAUGUUAUAUCUUAUAUGAACCUUCCAAGUCUGAAAUAUCUAAGAAUACUUACUUAGCGCGAAUCUGAAAAAGUAUGAUCAAGAACAAGCGAUUUGGAGCGAAUGCUUACAACUUUUCCCAGCCAAUUUAGACGUUUUUUGCAGUGCCAUGUUUUGUAAAAUGGAGUAAAGGCGAUAAUGUUAGUUCAGUUUAACACCUGAAUGUCAGCAGCGUUACACUGUAGCAUAACUAAAAUCCUUUUACCAUCCAUGAUCAUGUUGGCUGUUCAAUUUGGCGGGACAGAAUGUCAUCUGCGCCACUUGACGAGGAAUAUCGUAUUGAUAUAAAGUGCUUGUGUGAUUCUUUUCUUUGCUGGGUGUUGAUAAAAUCUGUAUUGAUCAUGACGCCAUGUUUGAAGGUGGUAAAAAUCGAAUUAAAAUUUGUGAUUUGCGA